AUACUUGCAAAUUUUGCCUAGGGAACCCCAACCUACUUAGGGUAAUCAAGACAAUAAGGGACUUUGUAAUAUCUACGACUAGGUUUAUGUAUGUAGCAUUCAAUGCUGGAGGGUUUUAUUUGAGAAACAGAAAACUAAGGUUUAUCAGAAAUAAGGAGAGAUCAAUGUCUGGGGGUGCGAGAAGGGAUCGAAGAGGGCCAUCUCUGUCUCUUCCAGGCAGCAGUGGCAGCAGCAGUGCUAACGAUGGCAUCGUAGCCAAACUAAGUAACAGUGUGAGGCAAUCACUUAUCUUUCACAAGACAAAAAGGGCCGCCUCAAAUACUGGUCGUAUCAGCAAGAAGAUCUUCUGGAGCACAGGCAAGGCUGCAUGGAUUGCAGGUACUUCUUUUCUGAUUCUGGUGGUUCCUCUUAUUAUUGAAAUGGAUCGAGAACAGCAGUUCAACGAGCUUGAGAGCCAGCAAGCCAGCCUUUUAGGUGCUCCUCCCGCUCCCCAUCCUUGAUCCAGAAAGAACCAUUUGGGUUUUUCAUGGUGAAUCGAAGAUGGGUUUUUGGAAUUAGGGCUACCAGUGUCUGUUUUAUUGAGAAAGUUGCUUGGUUUAGGAUGGAAUAGUCCCCGCGUUUUUCUUCUAGGCAAUUUGGGACUUUGAUUGGGAAAAUGCUAUGCCAUAUCGAAUUCUGGAUAAACAAAAUAGUGUUUGAUUACCCUAAAUUGUAUUAUAGCGUAGCAAAACAAUCUUUUUGAGAUUUAUCAGUGUACAGUGUAUGUUGUAAUGUCCCUAUUUUCGGUUUCCAAUAUUUCGGCUAUCCAUUUUAUUUUAACGUAUGCUUUUAUUAUCACGCUCAAUUAUUUCCAAUCUUA